CCUGGGCGGGGGAUGUUGUGAUGGAGAAGCCGCCGCGGAGCCCGAGCCCCGCAGCCUGAGCUACCUCCGCCACCUGGGCCUGGGGCCUCCCCGCGCAGGAUCUGCCAAGGCCAUGUCUGUUCCAUCGUCACUGAGCCAGUCGGUCAUUAAUGCCAACAGCCACGGAGGCCCCUCGCUGAGCCUUCCCCUGCCCUUGCACGCUGCUCACAACCAGCUGCUGAACGCCAAGCUGCAGGCCACAGCUGUGGGGCCCAAGGACCUGCGCAGUGCCAUGGGGGAGGGUGGCGGGCCUGAGCCAGGCCCUGCCAAUGCCAAGUGGCUAAAGGAGGGCCAGAACCAGCUCCGGCGGGCUGCCACAGCCCACCGUGACCAGAACCGCAAUGUGACCUUGACCCUGGCAGAAGAGGCCGGUCAGGAACCUGAGACGGCGCCCUUGGGCCCGAAAGGCCUGAUGCACCUGUACUCUGAGCUGGAGCUCUCUGCUCACAACGCGGCCAACCGAGGGCUCCGAGGACCUGGCCUGAUCAUCAGCACCCAGGACCAAGGGCCGGACGAGGGAGAGGAGAAGGCAGCAGGGGAGGCCGAGGAGGAUGAUGAGGAAGAGGAGGAGGAGGAAGAAGAGGAGGACUUGUCUUCUCCCCCAGGACUGCCGGAGCCCCUGGAAAGUGUGGAGGUGCCCCCUGGGCCCCAGGCCCUUGCAGAUGGCCCCCGGGAUCACAGCAAGAGCGCCAGCCUCCUGUUUGGCAUGCGGAACAGUGCAGCCAGUGAUGAGGACUCAAGCUGGGCCACCUUAUCCCAGGGUAGCCCCUCCUAUGGCUCUCCGGAGGACACAGAUUCCUUCUGGAACCCCAACGCCUUCGAGACGGAUUCCGACCUGCCGGCUGGAUGGAUGAGGGUACAAGAUACCUCAGGGACCUACUACUGGCACAUCCCAACAGGGACCACCCAGUGGGAGCCCCCGGGCCGGACCUCCCCCUCACAGGGGAGCAGCCCCCAAGAGGAGUCCUCCCAGCUCACCUGGACAGGAUUUACCCAUGGAGAAGGCUUUGAGGAUGGAGAAUUUUGGAAGGAUGAGCCCACUGAGGAGGCCCCGAUGGAUUUGGGACUAAAGGAUCCUGAGGAGGGGACAUUGCCCUUCCCAGCUCAGAGCCUCAGCCCAGAGCAAUUGCCUCAAGAGGAGGAAAAGCUGCCUCCACGGAAUGCCAACCCAGGAGUCAAGUGUUUCGCAGUGCGCUCCCUGGGCUGGGUGGAGAUGACCGAGGAGGAGCUGGCCCCUGGACGCAGCAGCGUGGCGGUCAACAAUUGCAUCCGUCAGCUCUCCUACCACAAAAACAAUCUGCACGACCCCAUGGCUGGGGGCUGGGGGGAGGGAAAGGAUCUGUUGCUUCAGCUGGAGGAUGAGACGCUAAAGCUGGUGGAGCCACAGAGUCAGGCCCUGCUGCAUGCCCAGCCCAUCGUCAGCAUUCGUGUGUGGGGCGUCGGGCGGGACAGUGGAAGGGAUUUUGCCUACGUAGCUCGUGAUAAGCUGACCCAGAUGCUCAAGUGCCACGUGUUCCGCUGUGAGGCACCCGCCAAGAACAUCGCCACCAGCCUGCAUGAGAUCUGCUCUAAGAUCAUGGCCGAACGGCGCAAUGCCCGCUGCUUGGUAAAUGGACUCUCCCUGGACCACUCUAAACUGGUGGAUGUCCCUUUCCAAGUGGAGUUCCCAGCACCCAAGAACGAGUUGGUACAAAAGUUCCAAGUCUAUUACCUGGGGAGUGUGCCUGUUGCUAAACCUGUCGGGGUAGACGUGAUAAAUGGGGCCCUGGAGUCAGUCCUGUCCUCCAGUAGCCGCGAGCAGUGGACCCCCAGCCAUGUCAGCGUGGCCCCUGCUACCCUCACCAUCUUGCACCAGCAGACGGAGGCCGUGCUGGGGGAGUGUCGGGUGCGCUUCCUCUCCUUCCUGGCUGUGGGCAGAGAUGUCCACACAUUUGCGUUCAUCAUGGCUGCUGGCCCAGCCUCCUUCUGCUGCCACAUGUUCUGGUGCGAGCCCAAUGCCGCCAGCCUCUCAGAGGCCGUGCAGGCUGCGUGUAUGCUCCGCUACCAGAAGUGUCUAGAUGCACGCUCCCAGGCCUCCACCUCCUGCCUCCCGGCACCCCCUGCUGAAUCUGUUGCCCGGCGUGUAGGGUGGACCGUCCGCAGGGGUGUUCAGUCGCUGUGGGGCUCCCUCAAGCCCAAAAGGUUGGGGUCCCAUACCCCCUGAAGCCCUUGGUUCUCCCUCCACCUGCUUGUGCUGAGCCCCAGGGAACUCGAGAGUAUGGGGCAGAGAGGGGCCCUAGAGGCUAUUCUUAGUCCUCAGGCCCCCCCACCAAAUCUGCCCCUCCCCAGUAUCUGGGGUUCCCUGCCUAGGGGCUGGGGAGAUAGAGAUGUAAUCCCUGCAAGUAAGUGACAGGACUGGGUGGAUGACAGGAGGAGCAGGAAUCAAGGCCAGCCCCGGGCUCUCCAUCCCCAUUUCAGGUGGAGCAGGAGGAACUGGUUUAGGCCAGGCCCCAUCCUCAUAGGGCCCAGCAGGGGCGGGAGGGGACUGGUCCAGGCAUGGGUCCCCUCCCCCCUGCUCCAUGGGCACCUCUACUGAUAUCACUAAUAAAGUCUGUCUGCCCUGCUGAGCUGUGUGCUUCUGUGCCUGCACUACCCCGCCAUCGCAUCACCUCACCCCUCAGUUGCAAUCUGGCCCCCAAGCCCCCGUGCCCUGCCUACCUGGAAAGAAGGAAAUGGGAUAGUCACAGAGGGCUUUGGGGGUACAAGUCUCUUGUCUUUAUUUUAACAGCCUGGUAAUCAGGUAGCAGCAGCAGUACAGGGUUCCGGGCUGGCCAGCACAGGUCGGAGGUGACAGCUCCUGUGUGUGGUCUGCCCAGGAAGGCCAACUUAGAUCUCUGCUCUGUGGCCAGGAAAAGACAGCAGCCCCAGGGUGGUUAGGAUGGUGGGCAGAGCCAGAGCAGCCAGCCCUCACCCAUAUCUUGCCAAGCAGCUCCAGAAAAGGAGGAGGUCCUGUUUCCCUAGAGUGCUUGGGCCCGGGAAUGCGUUUUUCCUCCUACACUCCUCUCGUCAUAGUGGCUUCCUGGGGUUCCCUGCGCCUUUCCCAAGACAGAACUUUCCCAACUCUGGGCCCUCAGGCACUAGCAAAAUGGUGGCCGAGGCCGCAGGCUCUGGAUAUCAGCGAGGCUUGCUUCCGGUACCAGGUGGCGACACAGAGCCGGGCUGUCAGAGCGGGCAGAGAGCUGGGCACACAGAGUAGCAAGACGGCAGGGUGUGCCACAGGGUUCCGAGGGCGGGUGGCCCUUGUGGUAGAGAAA